CCAUCUCUGUCUCUGGCACUGAACAACCAGCUCUCCAGGGCUAAGGAGGAGAAGGAUUCUCAUUCUGAUCGGAGCAGAAGGGACAGACUGCGAGUUAUUGACAGACAGAAGGAUAGACAGACAGACAGACAGACAGACAGACAGACGGAGUGACGGGUCCCUGGUGGGACCUGGGAAGAGUUGAGGACAUUGCUGCAGUGGAUGACGGCUGAGAGAGAGGGGUCCUGUGUAAAAGUAAACUGCGACAGCACAGUGUUUCCAUGGCUCUGGAGGGUUUCAACGACCUCCUCCACAAACUGAGGGAAACCCACGACCGAGAGGUCCAUAAAUGGCAUGAGACAUUUCAGGAGCUAACCAAUAAAAAGAGCUGUAGUGAUACAAAGCGAAUGGAGGAGCUAUUCAACAGGAACCAACAGCUGAGAGAGCAGCAGAGGCUACUCACAGACAACAUCAAACAGCUGGAAAACAGGUUGAGGGCGGGGCUGUGUGACAGGUGUACUGUGACUCAGGAUGUGGCCAAGCGUCGGCAGCAGGAGUAUGAAACCGCUCAGAUCCAGAGCCUCCAUCACAUCGCCAUCCUGGCUGGAGAGAUGAACACAAUGAAAAAGGAGAACCAGAGGCUGCGAGAGGAAGUCCGGCGUCUGAGAGGGGCACUAGAAGGUCAGAGUGGACAUUCCUCCUCCCAGGAUGCAACUCCAGAGGUCAGACAGUCUGCUGACCUUUCACCUUCUGCUAUGCCACACAUCCCUACAGCCAUCAGGUCUAUUAACCAGCCACCAGUGGGCGCCACUGCAGGGCUGUCCAUAGUGAAGACUGAGACGGACCACAGCCUUUAUUUUGGAGCUGACGAGACAGCACCUGAACGUAGACACGUGAGGGGAUGGAAUGGAAAACAAUCCUUUGUAUCCCAUAAGCCCCUAUCCAUGUCCAAUCCCAUCCCAUCAGCAUCGAGGCCAGAGCACAGUACAGCCAGAGGCAACACUGGGCAGAAGAGAGCCCAUAGUGUGGAAUUGGUUGGCCAGCAGCGCUCCCCUGUCGCUCCCUCCAUUCCCCACCACCUGCUUUUCCAAAAGAACAACCCUCUCCCUUCAUCCUCCUCCUCAUCCUCCUCAUCCACCUCUUCCUCUCUACCUGGAGAUGGGAAGCACAGCCGUCACCUGGUCCAUGCUCCGUUCCCCUACCGGCCGCGCCCCAUCAAGAGUACCCGUCUCUCCCUCCCCUGGCCCAUGCCGGAGCACUCCGACUGGGUCACCCUGGCCACCUCUGUGGACGAGUGCUUGGUGUCCCACCCCAACCCUAACCCUAACCCCAACCUUCCACACUUCCCCAACCUCCAGACCUUGGUCCAGCAGAGCAGCAGCACUGGGCAAGCCUGGCCCAAGCCCAGCCACCCUCACCAAGCCAGCCUGACUAGGAGUUUGUCAGCUGAGCAUGGGGAGAGACCAACAGCAUGGGUCCAGGACCAUGACAUGCGGGAGGCGCCGCUCUCAUGGAGGGAGGUGGUUGUGCAGCCAGAGAGGGUGUUUGGGGAGUGUCUGAAAGAGGCUGACGCUCCUCUGGACCUGUCUGAUCUUGGGAGGUCCAAAAGCAGUAAGUCACUACAGGACAGCAAGCCCAGCCCCAAGCUGCAGGACGUAGAAGGACAGACAUCUAACAGGGCCACCAGGACAGACUCCUCGCCACAGAGCCAGGCCUGUCCCCCCUCUUCCUCAUCCUCCUCUUCCUCCCCACCUGCUCUUCCCUCAUCCUCCUCUUCUACACGUCCCACCAGCCAACAGAGGCAAAGCCCCAGCAACCACAACCUCAAGGAGGAAGAGCAGUCAGAGAAGGAGGAAGCUGAGGGGAAAAUAGAUCAAAGGACAGGAAAGGACUCUGAGGACAGGAAAGUCCCUGUUCUGACCAUCUCACUGCGUCCAGUGGUGCUCCUUGAGGCUCUGAAUUCUGGAUUGCAGAAGCAACUUUUCUCCAACGGCAAGUCAGGGAGCAGCUCAGACCACCAGGAAGUGGAGGGCAGUCUGUCUGAGUCUGUGACAAGCCAGAGAUCAAAGAGGACUGGGCUGGACACAGACAAAGAGGGUAAGGAUGGAAAGAGAGAGAGAGAGAGAGAAGCUGAGACAGAGCUGCAUUUCCUGACAAAAUGUCAAAAAUAUAAAGCAAUUAGAGUUUCAUUUCGACAAAUUUGAAACCAUCAUUGAAGGUUUUCAAGACCUCUAUGAUGAGAAAAGGCUACCCAUCCUGUUGGGGGAGGACGCAGAGAGCUGUGAGUUGGCAUAAGUGUCAGUAGAUUGUGUCACUUUCACAGGAAAUGUCCCUCUCUUAAGAAGAGAGAGAGAAAGAACGGAUGGGGUAGUGAAACAAAAAAAAAACACACUGACACAUAAAGCCCAUUUUUGUUGUGCCUCUUCCCUUAGCCAUUUAAGAAAGAGGAACAAGGCAUUGUGGUCCCCCGGAGGACCUCUGUCAGCUGUGUUCCACCCUGACUGCAACGGUGAUGAUGCCCUCACUGGGACUGGAACAGUGCCAAAGACUUCCAUCUGACUGUCGUCCUUAGGGUUCUAGCUAGUGGGCUUCAUGAAUUUCAAUGGAAUAACCUUGAUAGUGACUAACUAGAUAAUAGCCUUGUGAUCAAUACUAAAUACUCCUCCAACUGAUAAAGAAUGUCUUUCACACUGACUUCCCAGCAUUGCUGUCGUCUCUGAAGGCCACACAGGGGGAGUCAUUCUGCUACGGUUCUCUCUCUCUCUCUCUCUCUCUCUCUCUCUCUCUCUCUCU